GAUAGAUUAGCCCUAAUGUAUCCAAUUAUACUGACUUUACGGAGACAAAAUCCAGAGUAAUGUGGAAAAGAGUAGCACAAAAUGAUGGCACAAACACAAAGAAACAAAAUAAAACACAGUACUGUUUAGGGGCUUUUUGUGAAGUGGAGCGUGAUCCUGCAGCUUUACCACGUAACACGAAACACUGAAACACAGUGACAGUGGGAAAAAAAAUGUUAUCGUGAACACAUCAUGUCACUGCGUAAAAAUGGUGCACACAGACUACACACUAGGACGUAAAUAUGCAAAGCUUGCAAAAUAUGUUACUGUUGGUAUAAGGUGAAUGGCUGCAAAGAAUAGGAGACAAAUGCCUUAAAUCUGAUGCUUUUUUGUCUCUGGUUUGUUAUCAGAUAUGCAUGCUGCUUAUGGAUCACUUGCUACCAUGAACUGUGGAUUUUUUCUAAGCCUGCUGGCAGUUGUCUGCCCACUUCACAUGAGGGUCUCAGCCUCUACUGAAACUCCUGAAAUUAACUCAACAAAUGCUGUGACCACUACAGAAUCAGAGGUCAGUGAGCUUUCAACACUUCAGCCAUUCAACACUCAACGUUCGUCUACCCCACAAACAUGGACUGCAACGACUCCACCCAUGGAGACAAAUAUAUUUAAUUCAAGUGGGAAUACAUCCAUAAGCGCCACAGUAAUGUCAACUGUUACUCAAGUCAAUUCCUCAACAGAAACCGUGACAGCAACUCAAAUUCACCCAGACUCUACACAAAGUCUUUCAGCCUUGACUACAACUCCGUCCAGCCAAACUCUGACAAUGCAAGAGCUUACCUCCUCUGUAUUAAAUUCAACUACAGUGGGUACAGUGGUAUCCCAUGACACCUCUUCAGUAUCAGUACAUGUCACUCCCACAUCUACACACAUUGUUGACUCACCCACAAACAUAUUUGUGACUGACACACCUAAGGCCUCAGACGUCACACAUAACAGUACAGCAACCAGCAUUCCACAUUUAUCAAAAAAUGAUCGCAUGUUAACAAGUACAUCUACACACAAAUUCCAAGACAAAACACAGACAGAGGGCCCAAAUUUAACCUCAAAUCAAUCUAACAAUGUAUCUGAGACUGUCACAUCACUGGAUUCAUCAGUUUUGAUCGCCACAAAUUUGACUCUGAGCCCUUCUGCAACAGCAGUUGCUUCUGGAUCCACUGGGACACAACCAACUUCAUCCCCUGUUAUUACAGUGUUAAACAUAUCCUCUUCCACAUUUGGAGGCUCAGCUGGGAAGAGUUCAUCAGUUAUUCCAACUGUAACAGUGACAGAGAUGAUCACUACACCGGAGGAAGCCACAAGCCCAGCCACAGUGAACAUGAAAUCAACCUCAACAUGGAGCAGCACAUAUACUCAACAGUAUAAUUCAUCCCCUAGAGGUGAUAGCUCCUCCACCACACAUCAACCCUCUGUCUCCAAUGAAAUUAAUGUCACUCAGGGGCAGAAUUCAGAAUCCAUCCAAACCCCUGAGACACAAAUGACAGAAUCCACUGCAAUGCAGACUUUACCAUCAGUUUCAGUAUCAACCACAACAUUAAAUCAAAAAAAUGUAUCAAUGAUGAAUCUAUCCUUAACUCCAAGUCCCUUCAUAACAACAGUAUCUACAGAGGCAACAACUACAGCAGCAACAGAAACUAUGGAAUACAACACAGCAACGCCAACCAAAAUAACACCUGUAGAGACAGAAUCAACCAAAACCUCAACACAACCAGCACAAAGUACAACAGUUGUAGGUACAAAACUAAACACACUGAUACAAAAUACUGUAUCAGUAACAACAGUGUCUAUUCAACCAACAGCACAAACAACUCCAUCUACACAGCUAUCUGAAUCUGCACCAUCAGUAUCUACCAUAACACCACCACAAACAGCAGAAGCAACCACAGUGCAUUCCAUGACAGUGAUAUCCAGUUUGCCUCUGACAGAUGAGUCCAAUAAUGUGCUGCAAGAAACCACAGCUAUGACACCAACUGAAGCCACCACUGAAUUUGGAAUGACAGAAUCUGUUUCAACACUGAAACAAGGCACAGUAUCUUCAAUAACAGACCAAAUCACACCACAGAGUUUGCAGUCUGUAGCAGCAACAGCAGCCACAACACCAGCUCAGACUAUCCAAUCUACAACAAAACACACUACAAUGCCAACACAAACUGAAGCAUCCUUGGCAACAGCAUCUACAGCCACACCUAUGCAAUCCCAAGCAUUUACAGCUGUAACAACACAAUCGGCUCCAGCACUAACUUCAGCAUCUGCUGCAUCACCAUCUACAACUUCACUGACACAUAUUCCAGCAUCUGGAACAACAGCGUCACCUAUGGAAACCAGACAAACUACUGCAACCACAAGAGUUCACACAGCAGUGCCAAACCCAACUACAGUAUAUGUGGAAACAGCAACAACCACAGAAAUUAUACCAACUUCUAGUUAUACUACGGUACAAGCUGGGAUUAAUGCACCAGUAGUAACAGAAAGUUCAACAUCCUUGACAUCAGCUGUCUCACCACGUCGUACAUUAUCUCUGGCAACAGGAUUCACUGCCACACCGACAGAAAGUAGAGGAACAGAAACAACAUCAACACAAAUUGGAGCUGUAACAAUACAAUCAACAACAACUCUGCCACAAAUUCCAGUAUCUGUAAUGACAGAAUCAGUUACAUCAUAUGCAGCUACAUCAGACUCAGAAAUAACAGUGGUACCACCCACAGCUGAAAUACAAAGUGCAGGAUCAACAAUUCACACCCCAACCCCAACCAUUAUACUGACAACAAUGGAAGAAACACCAACACAGACAUUAGUUUCAGUGACGCAGUCAACAAAUAACAGUACAUCUUCUACAUCUGGAUCAGUGAUUACAUCAUCAGAAACUAUAAUAUCCACAGGAACAGGCACAACAACAGCAACAACAGCAACGCGAACUACCAGAGUCACAACAACAGUUACAGUUGCAACACAAACAUCAUCUCCAACAAAUUAUACAAGAUCUACAAGACAACUGACUACAUCUAUGGUUUCACCAUCACGAAGACCAACACAAAUCACAGUUGUAGCCACUCAAUCAACAACUCCAGGACAAGCUACAACAUCUGCAACAAGGCAAUCAACACAAGAAAUCUCCAGUACUCAUGUUACUACACCAAAUAUUGCAGCGUCUCCACAAACUCCCAUGUCCACAACAACAGCAUCCACAGCAAUGUCAACUCCAUCCAUGACAACUACAACAGAGACAACUACAAUAUCAGUACAAUCAACACCAUCUGCAGAAACAGGAGUAACAACAACAAACUCUGUAGUACCAACAACAGAUCAACAAAAUGAAGCAAUGUCUGUCACAACACCAUCACAAAUCACUUCAACACAAACUACAUCAUCUGUAACAACACUGCCACAAACUAUAGCUGAUGAAACAACAGAGAGAGGAUCAACACAAAUUACAGUUGUAACCACACCAUCAACAAUGACAGAAUCAGUUACAUCACAAACAUCAACAACGGUAUCAUUAACUGCAGUGCCAACCACAGCUACAAAACAAAGUGCAGGAUCAACAACAAUUCACAGCACAACACCAACACAAAGUGGAUCAUUGACUACGUCAGCACAAACUACAUCAUCUGUGGCAACAGCAUUCACUACACAAACUGUAUCCACAACUGCAACUAUACAAUCUAUUCCACCCACAAUAGAAACAUCAAUAUCAACACAAAAUACAACAUCCAUGGUUUCACCAUCACAAAGACCAACACAAAUCACAGUUGUAGCCACUCAAUCAACAACUCCAGGACAAGCUACAACAUCUGCAACAAGGCAAUCAACACAAGAAAUCUCCAGUACUCAUGUUACUACACCAAAUAUUGCAGCGUCUCCACAAACUUCCAUGUCCACAACAACAAAACAGGAGUAA